AUGCCAUACACCGUCCUCAUCUCCGGCGCUAACAAAGGUCUCGGACUCGGCUUGUUGGAGAAAUACCUCAGUCGCCCAGACACCACCGCUAUAGCCACUGUGCGCGACCCUUCCAGCAAAGAAGCCCAAGCCCUCCGCUCCAUCCCCAAAGCCUCCGGCACCAACCUCCUCAUCGUCAAGGUAGAAAGCACCUCCGACACUGACUGCGCUACCGCCAUCUCCACCAUCAAAGACCAAGGAGUCUCUCACCUAGAUCUCGUGAUCGCAAAUGCUGGGUACUAUUCCGUCCCGCCCGAACCCCAGGUCGCGAAAAUUAGUACGAAGUUGCUGAUGGAGCAUGUGAAUGUCAAUGCUGCGGGUUCAAUCAGGCUUUUUCAGGCUACUUUGCCUUUGCUCCAAAAGGCCAAGAAACCGGUGUUUAUGUACAUGUCGACGUUGGCGGGAUCCAUCACGGCUACUGGAGAUGUCCCGUUCCCUGUCGGCGUUUAUGGUGCUUCCAAAGCGGCGGGAAACUUCUUGACUCGCAGGGCGCAUCAGGAACAUCCUGAGUUGAUUAUUUUUGCCAUGCAUCCUGGUGCUGUCAAGACACCGGGAGCAAUGCCUGUCAUUGAUAGCUUGGACAUGGACAAGAACUUCCCGGAUAUGUUUGUUGAAAUUGACAAGAGUAUUGAUGGGAUGGUGAACAGAAUUGACGGCGCGACCAAAGAGGACACCUCGGGCAAGUUCUGGUCAUUCGAUGGUUCUAUCUUGCCUUGGUAG